AUGCGGCAUACCGAAGAAUUGCUACGCUUGGAGGAAUCUUUUGACAGCGAUUCAUCUUUGUCAGAAAAUGGAGAACGAACCUCGCAAUGGGCGGAACAACAGUUGAACGCAGCACCUGAUGAAAGCGAAGAGGAGCGAGUGUCUACCAACAACCCGGCCACAGCGUCAGGACAGCAGAGUGAGUAUCUGGCUCAGCCACAACGCGAUGCGCAGGUCCGCGCCAUGGAACAGCAGCCACGCCUCGAGCAGGUUCCCGUCUCGGAGCGGCAGCUGUGCGAGCAGUUUAUCGGCAUGGAUAUGCAGCAGCGGGCUGUGUUGCAGCAGGGCUGUGUGGUGCGUUCCCCGUCCAGGCGCAAGGCCCCGCGCAGGUUCCCGAUACGCAGCAGCAGCGGUGUGGUGCAAGGCCCCGUGCAGGUUCCCGAUUCGCAUCAGCAGCGGUGUGACGUGUACCCCGUCCAGGUACAAGACCCCGUGCAGAUUCCCGAUACGCAUCAGCAGCGGUGUGGCGUGUACCCCGUUCAGGUGCAAGGCCCCGUGCAGAUUCCCGAUUCGCAGCAGCAGCGGUGUGGCGUGUACCCCGUUCAGGUGCAAGGCCCCGUGCAGGUUCCCGAUACGCAGCAGCGGAGUGGUGUGUACCCCGUCCAGGUACAAGGCCCCGUGCAGGUUCCCGAUUCGCAGCAGCAGCGGAGUGGUGUGUACCCCGUCCAGGUGCAAGGCCCCGCGCAGGUUCCCGAUUCACAGCAGCAGCGGUGUGAUGUGUACCCCGUCCAGGUGCAAGGACCUGUGCAGGUUCCCGAUUCGCAUCAGCAGCGGUGUGGCGCGUACCCCGUCCAGGUGCAAGAAUCCGUGCAGGAUUCCGAUUCGCAGCAGCAGCGAAGUGGAGUGUACCCCGUCCAGGUGCAAGGCCUCAUGCAGGUUCCCGAUUCCCAGCAGCAGCGGUGUGGUAUGUACCCCGUCCAGGUGCAAGGCCCCGUGCAGGUUUCCGAUUCGCAACAGCAGCGGAGUGGCGUGUACCCCGUCCAGGUGCAAGGCCCCGUGCAGGUUCCCGAUUAUCAGCAAAAGCGACGUGGUGUGUACCUCGCACAGGUACACACCCAGGAGAAUGUUUCUAUGUUGGAGGAGCAUAAAUGUAGCCCGUACCCCGUCCAGGUACGAUGCAAUACGCAUACGAAGAGCAUACGAAGAUUCCACCAUAGCCUGUGGAUUUACGGCAGUUGA